AUGCCUGAGUCGGAUGCCGACAAAUUCAGCGAUGCUUCGGAUGCGUUGCAAAUCAACGAGGAAAUCGCAGAAAUUCGUAAAGUCAAAUUUCCCGAAUUUUGGAAAUCUCGACCGGCGCUCUGGUUCGCCCAAAUCGAGGCCCAAUUCCUCGUUCACAACAUUCGAUCCGAUCAGACCAAAUUCAAUAAACUCGUUUGUGAACUAGACUAUUCCAUUCUUGAACAAGUCGCCGAUAUCAUCGAGUCCCCACCCGAAAAAGAUCGCUACAACACGAUUAAAACACGUCUCAUCAAACAGUUUACUGAAUCCGAAGGCAAACGACUUCGAAAAUUGCUAAAUGAUGUCGAACUGGGUGAUCAAAGACCAUCCGGUUUGCUGCGCAAAAUGAAACUGCUCGCAGGAGAUAAAGUUGGAUCCGAACUGUUACAAUCGAUAUGGAUGCAACGGCUUCCCGAAAACAUCCGCGCUAUUCUUGCCUCGAUGGACAGCACCGAUAACGACAAACUCGCUGAGAUCGCUGACAAGAUUUUAGAUGCUCGUGAACCCCAAAUCGAAUCUGUUCAGCAGCUUUCCACGAAUACUUUUAAUGAUCUAAACUCAUUGAAAGAGGAAAUCCGAUCGCUGCGUGCAGAAAUACAAAACCUCAAACGUGAUCGAAGCUUUCAAUUUCACGAAUCUCGAAAUCGUAAUCGCAGUUCGUCGCAAAGCAGACAAAAAUCGAGGUCAGCAUGUCGGCCAUACAAAUGGAUUUUCCAAAUUGCUGAUGUCGCCUGUCCGAUACUGGGAGCCGAUUUUUUAAAACAACAUGGACUGUUAGUCGAUGUAUUAAACAAACGUCUCAUUGACACCACGACAAAACUUGGAACGUCUUGUGUUGUCAAAAGAACGACCCACAGUGGAAUUUUCACCGUUCACAACGACUCCCCGUAUCACCAACUACUGAAACAAUUUCCUAGUAUAACGAACCCGAGCUUAAUUAACAAAUAG